GUCUGUAUUGAUGAGGUGCAUUGCAUUAGCCUUUGGGGUGGUAGCUUUCAUCCAGAUUAUGCCAAGCUUGGAGUCCUGAGUGCUCGUGUACCAACCAAUGUACCAUUUGUACUUGCAUCAGCCACCCUUCCUGAACACAUACUCGAUGACAUCCGUGAAUGUCUGCAGAUUUCCAAGGAUUUCCACCAUAUUCAGCUCACAGACACGUUCAUGAGCCAAGAGGUGUGCAAUUGA